GGCUGCACCGCGUGGCUUGCGGGAUCUUAGUUCCCCGACCAGGGAUCUAACCCAGGCCCAUGGCGAUGACAGCACCAAGUCAUAACCACUGGACGGCUAGGGAAUUCACUAGAAUUUUCUACUAAGGAAGAGAGUUUCCAAAAACUAGAAAGGAUAAAUUUCCAGCAGAUACUAAGAACUGGAAUCUAUUACAAGGAUUCAGCAAUGAUAAAGUUAUGAUCUAAGAUUUUAAUUCAGUGACUAAUGAAUGCUAGCCCGUGUUGACUAGGAUGACUCUGUGGAGCGUGAAGCCAGUUCAAACUAGUUUAAGCUGAACUUAAACUAGUUCAGCUUAACUAGAUGGAUGGUAGUUCCCAGCCACUGCCUUUCUCCUCAGAGAGCUCUGUGUCCCUGUAUGAGCUGGAUAUUGGCAUGUCCUCAUGGAGGGCCGUCUUUCUGUUUGAUGAACACACUGAUCACAAAGCAGUUCUGUCGUGUUAGCGCUAUCUGUGGAAGGAGGAGGACUCAGCCUCCGGCAUUUCACCUCAGAGAGAGCUGUCUCCCCGUCUGAAUAAGAGAGCUGGACAUUUGUCUUUUCUUCACAGAGCUUUCUUCUGUCUGAAGAACAUGGCCGGCCAUCUGGGAUUUCUCCUCGUAAACAGGUGUCUCCUUUCUAAGGUGGAGUGUUGGCAAUCUGGCAUUUCUCCUCAGAGUGUGGUCUCUCUUUCUGAGGUGGAGAACCGGCCAUCGGGUACUUUUUGUCACAGAGUUUUGUCUCUCUGUCUGAAAAAGGCAGAUGGCCAUCAGGAAUUUCGCCUCCCAGUGUGCUGUGUUUGUUUGAAGAAGAAGCCUGGCUCUCCAGCACUUCACCUCCUGGAGACCGUCUCUGACUGGAUGGUGCUGGGCUGUCCAUGGGGGCAUUUCUCUUCCUGGAGGGCUGUCUUUCUGGUUCUUCCGCGUGCGCUCGGCAAGCUCUCAGGCCUCACUCGGCAAACCCUUGGAGCGUAGGCGCAUGCGUCGGCUCCAGGUUCGGCUUCCGCGGUAUCUGGCGCAGGCGCGGAACACGCAGGGCGGUCAGGCGGUGCUUAUCGAGUCCGAGGAGCAGUCCGAGGUGUUCACGCUGCCGAAGAUGAGCGCCAAGACCAAGUUCAAGCUGACGGCCCACGAGGGCUGCUGCGACGACUACGCCGAGGCCUGCCUGGCCUGCUUCACCAACCUGGGCGACGUCCUAGUUUUCCCGGCACCGGAUGCUUGCAGCGCGCACAGCUUCUCCAGUGCCCGGGGCCUGCGGUGCACGACGGCCAGCAGCACCCAGUGGCCAGUGGCUUCUCCCAGCGACAGCCUCUUCUUGCACUUGCUGGUUCGUCCCCUCCAGAGUUUGCCGUGAAGUCUGAAACUGGCACCCUCUACGUGGAGGGCAAGGAGAGACCGAAGAAAGAGGCAGACCACUCCAGAUUGGGGAAGCUAGCUACCAUGUCAUGAGGACACUUAGGCAGCCCUUUGGAAAGGCCCACAUAGAAGACACUGAAUCCUCCUUCCAGCAGAAAGCACCCACUUGGCAAUCAUGUGUAUCAGCCACCCUGGAGAAAUCAGAUAAAACUACUUGAUAAAAUGAUUUCCUGUCACGCUGCUGAAGAUCCUAUUAAAAAGGUUGCUAUCUUUGGAGGAACUCAUGGGAAUGAACUAACAGGAGUAUUCCUAGUCAAGCACUGGCUGCAGAACGGCACUGAGAUUCAGAGAACAGGGCUGGAAGUAAAACCAUUUAUUACCAACCCAAGAGCAGUGAAGGAGUGCACCAGAUAUAUUGACUGUGACCUGAAUCGAGUUUUUGGACCUGAAAAUCUUGGCAAAAAAAUGUCAGAGGAUUUGCCGUAUGAAGUGAGAAGGGCUCAAGAAAUAAAUCAUUUAUUUGGUCCAAAAGAUAGUGAAGAUUCGUAUGACAUUAUUUUUGACCUUCACAACACUACUUCUAAUAUGGGGUGCACUCUUAUUCUUGAAGAUUCCAGGAAUGACUUUUUAAUUCAGAUGUUUCAUUAUAUUAAGACUUCUUUGGCUCCAUUACCCUGCUAUGUUUACCUUAUUGAGCAUCCUUCCCUCAGAUAUGCAACCACUCGUUCUAUAGCCAAGUAUCCUGUUGGUAUAGAAGUUGGUCCCCAGCCUCAAGGGGUUCUGAGAGCUGAUAUUCUGGAUCAAAUGAGAAAAAUGAUUAAACAUGCUCUUGACUUUAUACAUAAUUUCAAUGAAGGUAAAGAAUUUCCUCCCUGUGCUAUUGAAGUCUAUAAAAUAAUGGAGAAAGUUGAUUAUCCCAGGAAUGAAAGUGGAGAAAUUGCUGCUAUUAUCCACCCUAAACUGCAGGAUCAAGACUGGAAACCAUUGCACCCUGGGGAUCCUGUGUUUUUAACUCUUGAUGGAAAGACUAUUCCAUUGGGCGGAGACCAUACCGUGUACCCAGCGUUUGUAAACGAGGCUGCAUAUUAUGAAAAGAAAGAAGCUUUCGCAAAGACAGCUAAACUAACACUCAAUGCGAAAAGUAUUCGUUCCUCUUUACAUUAGAAAUCACUUCUAGCUCACUUGUUAUAGGGUACGUUGAAAAGUUCUACUAGUUCGUAAGCUCCUGAAGAGCAGAAUUGUGCCUUAUUCAUUUCCACAGCACCUAGCCCAGUGCCUUGCACACAAUGGACAUUCAGGUAAAUUUCUUGAAUGAGUGAAUACAUUAAUGAAUACCUUUUAUAGAUAUCGUACUUUAUGUAUGUAACUUAUUCAAAGAAGCACAUUUCUUAUUUCUGUAUAGCUUUUUAUACCUUCUACUUUGAUAGUUUAACAUUCUUAGUAAACAGCCUUUGAAUUUAAAUUUUAACAUUGAAAUAGAUACUAUAUACACAAAAAAAUAACUUGAGCAUAUAAUUAAAUGUUGUAUGUUUUCAAGUAAUAUAAAAAUGCUGCUAGAAACUAAUGGUAUUUUAAAUUUUUUCACAUUUGAAUUAAUGAUAAAGUAUUAAGGAUCCAGUCUAUCGACUUCAGCAGUAGUUGUGUUAUCUGUAGGUUUUUCAAUGCUCUUUUGAAGAUGAAAUGUGAACAAGAAAUGAGGGCUGAUUGUAAAGGUGACAUUAUGAAUAAAUCAAGAAACUCUGAAUGGUCCUUUGUCCACUGACAGCCACCCACACAAAGCAUCACAAAAUAUCACUUCUCUGGCAUGCCCACUUGUUCUGGGUUGACCUCAGGGAGCGAAGAACCUCCUUCAGACCUCUCACACGCCCCGCUAGAAGCUCACGUUCCUUCCCAACUUGGCAGGCAUGUUGCUCCCAGCCCUCCCUUCUUACUUUGAAAGAACACGCUUGCCCCUCUUCCCAGCCAACGUGUAAGGAAGUCUUUGGGCUCCAGUAGCAUAGGUAGUAAAGGCAGAAAGAGCAGAGGGCAGCGGACACUAGCGGAAAUGUGACCCAAAGCCAUCUCUGGUUCACAAAUGCAUUCUUUUAAGACAUUCCCCCCUGGCCUAAAUGCCCAAGUCCCUCACUCCCAGGAUUCUUCUCCUCAAAGGUCCUCGGGCUAAAACUCUGCCUCUCUCCCGCUCCAAUCCCUGCAGGAGCCUCCCCUCCCUCCUCAUGGCAGCCAAGUAAAGAACACUUUAUCCCAUGAUUUGGACCCCAUGGAACCCAUGUUUAUGGUUUCAAAUAUAUUUACAAAAUCACACUAACAUUAUCUGUAACGUAUAUAUGUCUAGAUAUAGACAGUUCCAUUCUUGCAAAGCAAAUUCCAUUAAGCCCAUUUCAUUCCAUAUGCACUGCUCUAUAGCACACAAUUAAACUGUUUCUAAAUUUUCAGCAUUUAUUUUUGCACUUUACCAAAACUAUUUUCAUUGGAAUAAACUCUCUUCCUUCUGAA